AUGAAAGGAAAUUGUUUAAACGCUAGGAUCGUCGUAUCCGCUGGCUUUCUCUAUGUUUCUUCUGCAGGUACAGAAUCUCAAACAAAUGGUCUAUUUCCAGCACGUUUUCCACCACUGCGGGAGAACAUCUCUGGUCUGACAGAGGCUGACUUGGCGCCGUGGUCCAUUCUCAUCGCAUCCCGUGAGCAUCUGACUUCGAAAGACCUCACUCACACCGCCGUUCCCAAUGUCAACAACGGUACCGAUGUCAAGAGUUCGUUCAAAGAAGCUCAAGCAUCAACCCCUCCAUGCGUCGCCAGGACCCACGGCGAGCCCAUCACCCGCCCACAGACCCACACCGCACAGGCUGAAACAUGACACUUGGAAUUUCAGUCCGUCUCCUUCUCAGGCACCAUAUCGCGCGUUUUUACAUCAUCACACCGAUCAGGACGACGCUUUACCAUCAGUGCACGCACUCGCCACCGUCAAAGCACACAGUCUAAACAUCCCAUUCCAGACUGGCAGUCCCUGUCCAGCAUACCAAGCUCCUCCAUCGGGGCAGCGGCAGCGGCAUAUCCUCACAAAACGGAAAGGAUAGAUCGACAAGUCCCGUUUCUACGUUUCUAGAGCAUGAAUCAGAACAGGAACUAAGAAGCCCUUGAACCGCCUUCACACCUGCCUGUCUACUUUGCCACUUGCUCGGCUCUCUCGACAAGGAUAUCGAAGCCCUGACAGACAACUAAGGGUAAGUAAGCAAGCAAGAAGCGAGGAUGGAUCCAAGCCCAGAGCGAGAUGCCCUACGAAUCCCAGUUUCACUUUUACUUGACUUUUGCACUUCUAUGCCAGAUUUCCCUACUAGCGCCUCUGCCCUAUCUGCCGACCGUACCGUACCUGUACCUGACAUAUCUGAGUUCAGUGCAUUUCUCCGGCCCAUUAACUUACAACCCACCUCUGCCUUAUCCUUAUCCAAUUAGGAAAAUCUAGAACGUGGCAAUAGCAGGGUCCUCAUCAGUACAUUCUACAUCAGUUCGAAUCCGAUAAACCUCAAACAAUCGAUCACCGUUUCACAUUCUUCGAUCUCUGGGUCCCUCCGCCCUUCCAUCCCCACGAGCCCCAGCGAUCUUUCUAUUUCCAUAUCCCGCCCUACCUCUCUCCGUCCCUCUCUCUUCUUGAAAUAAUGCGUUUCUCGCAUCAUCCCUGGACAUCACACUUCUGUAGUCUAGGUGUGCUCCCAGGCCGCCACUCUCUCUCGCUCAGUUCCCAGUUCCCAGUGCAUAUAUCUCCAUUCAGGAUAUUCCAUGUCUUGCGAGCUGGCGAUCAGCAGGCACAUUCAAGGAACACACAUGCGUGAUGUCCUCAUCCUCAUGGGUUCACCCUUUCUUGUCUUCCAAUUCCCACCAGCUGUUCCUGCCUUUCACUUCCUCAAUCCUUCUCCCGUUGUUGGUGAGCGUGUCUAUCAUGUUAUGUUAUGCCUUGGUUUAGCCAUCCCUUGACUCUGCUCGCUCUGCUUUGGUCCCCUGAUAAUGCUGCAAGUUGGUGCAAAGCAAAGCAUGAGCACAGAGCACAGAGCACAGAAUCCGUGGCGUUCAUGGCUGGCUGGCUGGCUGGCUGGUCUGGAAAUGUACCUGGCUACCUGGGUUCAUGGCUGCUGCACGUCCGGAUCCUCGGUGUCUCUGGUCGGGCUCGGGCUUUUGUCUUUACAGUAUAGUUUGCAUACGUGCCGUUUUUUCGGCCCUUUGUACCUUUCCGUCCUUGAUCCUGACCUCGACUGAACUGAUCGAAAAAGUCUAAAGUCAAGGGUCCAAAUGUGAAACUGGAUAUCUUACUUAGCACAGCAAAGCACAGCAUCAGGGCAGCUCGGGCAGGUAGAUUACGAGGAGUUAGCUCUAGAGUACCUACGCCUCAUCGUUCAAAGCCAAAGCCACGGUAUCAGCCCUACUUUCCAUUUCCAUUUCCAUUUCCAUUCAUUUCCCCCCCUCGCAUUAUGCAGAUCGCCUAAUGUGAUCUUCUCCAUUUUCCUAUCCAGGCAUAGCAUAAGUGUCAACUCACAAUAUUUUAAUUGAUGCUAAACAUUUUAACUUACCCUUCACCCGUAACCCACAUCUCACUAACCUCCCCCCAUAACAUAACAUAGGUAGAUCAACAUCUGAAACCAGCUUUCAAUUAGCUAACUAACUAACUAACUGUCAGCCAUUGCUUUACUUUGCUUUGCUUUACUUUGCUUUGCUUUGUUCUUUCCUCCGCGUUUUGGUCUUUGCUACCUUAUCCACUCUGGUAAGGUGAGGUGAGGUAAGUGGGCUCGCUGGAUGGUCGGAUGGCUUUGUUUGGGAAGUUCUGAAGCGAAGCGAGGCGAGGCGAGAGUUGGGGCACUGCUUGUGGAGCGUGUAGGUGGAUCAAGAGAGAGGGGGGAGAAGGAGGAAUGCAAAAAGAGCGAUCUUGUUGCAUGUCGUAGGUGAUGCAUCGGGAUUGCAUGGUUCUGGAGGGGGUUAGGAAGUUGGAUAGAGGGUGAAAGGGAAUGUAUUUGUGGAAUUAUGCAUGGUUGGUUGAUACCUACAACAGGUAUGGCGUAUAAGUUGCGAGGAGCACAUGAUGUGAAGUUUUAAAAUUUCUGAGUGAGGUACCUAUGUCAUUGCUUGUGGUGUACGAUUUGGGUGUAAGUCCGUCUGGAUAUUUCCUUAAAUUUAGUUUACAGUCUACAAGUAUAUUUUGAUCUCAA